UAAAAAAAUAAUUAAAUACACAAACUAUGCUAUUUAUUUUUAAGUUCAGUUCUGAUGGUUCAGGAAAGUCCCAUAGUUUAAGAAUUCCUUCUUAAGACUUUUUAUAGAUAGAACACAAAAGCCGGAAGGAAAGAGUCUGUGGAGAGAAUAAACAAGUUCCGGAGCUUUAUCUCAAUCAUCAGAGUCUUUGUACUUUGAACCCAGUUUCACUAGGCUGAUGGGGGAGGAAGAGAAGAAACCGGCAGAGGAGAAGAAAAUGGAGGAGGGAAAGGCUGAAGAUGGAAAGAAAGGGGAGGAAGAGGAAGCAAAACAGGUUGAAAAGCCAGCAGAGGAAAAGAAAACUGAAGAAUCAAAAGAUGGGAAAGAAGCCAAAGAAGAAUCCCCUGCUCCUCCACAGGAGAUUAUCUUGAAAGUUUACAUGCAUUGCGAAGGCUGCGCCCGCAAAGUCCGUAGGUGUCUCAAGGGCUUUGAAGGGGUGGAAGAUGUAAUGACCGAUUGCAAGAGUAAUAAGGUGGUGGUGAAAGGAGAGAAAGCGGAUCCUUUGAAAGUUCUUGAGAGAGUUCAAAGGAAGAGUCACAGGCAAGUGGAGCUUGUCUCACCGAUCCCCAAACCACCUGCACCGGAGGAGGAGAAGAAAGCAGAGGAGAAAGAGAAGCCUAAGCCCGAAGAGAAGAAAGAAGAGCCUCAGGUGAUUUCCGUGGUGCUAAAGGUUCACAUGCAUUGUGAAGCUUGUGCACAGGAAAUCAAGAAACGUAUUCAGAGAAUGAAAGGGGUAGAAUCAGCUGAACCAGAUCUAAAGAGUUCAGAGGUGACAGUGAAGGGAGUGUUUGAUCCACCAAAACUGGUAGAGUACGUGUACAAGAGAACCGGAAAGCACGCAGCGAUAGUGAAGAAAGAGCCAGAGAGCAAGAAAGAAGAAGAAAAAGCCCAAGAUGCCAACAAAGAAGAGAAAAAAGGUGAAGAAGGCGGUGACAAAGAAAAGAAAGAAGCAAGUGGAGAAGACAACGAAGACAAGAAAGAAGGCGGUGACAGCACAGAAGCCAACGUAGUGGCAGCAGCAGCAGCAGCAACAACAGGAGGAGCCGCCCCGGCAGAUGCAACAGAAGAGACCAAAGUGGUGGAACUCAAGAUAAAUGAGUACAGUCAUUACGCACAAAGGUAUGCCACAGAGUUUUAUCAUGCAUACCCUCCACAGAUCUUUAGUGAUGAGAACCCUAAUGCUUGUUCUGUAAUGUAAAAACUCGGAGGAUUCAGGGGCAUUGUAGGGAUUAGCAUUAAACAAAACAUUGGGUCCUGACGUCCUGCUUACAUGUGUAGGAUCUGACCAAUGGCUAUCUAAAAAAAGUAUAAUCUACAGUUGAGCUGUAGAAUUUUUUGAGGCUUUGUAUUUUUUUUUUUUUCAAGUUGA